CUCAGAGGCUCACUGGUAAACAGUUGUCGCAGCAGCAGCGGCAGCAGCAGUAGGCAGCAGCAUCAGACAUGGGCAUGGAGAAGUACGCUGGUCGCGUGGCCCUGGUUACUGGCGCCAGUUCCGGCAUGGGCGCCGCUAUCGCUCAGGAACUGCUCAGGCACGGCAUCAACGUCGUCGGUCUCGCCAGGAGGGUGGAACUGAUCAAGGCUCUUGAAGUGAAGGGGUCCCCGGGCAAACUGUACGCUAUUCAAGGAGACGUGGGAAAAGAAGAAAGCAUCCUCUCAGCUUUCAAGUGGAUUAGGGAGAACCUCAAUGGAGUCGACAUCCUGGUCAACAGCGCUGGUGUCGAUCACGAAACUGAUUUUGUAUCCGGUGAAACAGAACACUGGAGGCAGAUGAUGGAGGUGAAUGAGCUUGGCCUGGCCAUCUGCAGCAGGGAGGCGGUCCAGGACAUGAUGAGGAGGGGCGUCGACGACGGCUUCAUCAUCCACAUCAGCAGUACAGCGGCGCACGUCCCGGUGUUCAGUGAUGGCCUCGGGAUGCACUCAGUCAACAAAACCGCUGUGAGGAUCAUGGCUGAAGGACUCAGGAAGGACCUCGUCGCCAAAAAGAGCAACAUUCGUGUUGGGCAAAUUUCUCCAGGGGUCGUGAAAACCAAUGCGAUUAACCAGUCUGAGAAGUGGGCACAGAUCUUCGAUACAAUGCCUUACCUGGAAGUGGAAGACAUAGCAAAAGCCGUGGUCUACAUGCUUUCCCAACCUCCAAGGGUUCAGGUUCACGACAUCAUUAUUCGGCCAACAGGAGAGUUUUACGAUUGAUUUUGCACUGAAUGUUCCUUUCAACGUACUGUAAUUUCUAAUUCAAAUGUUAAAAAAACAUCUGUUUUAAAGCUAUAUAUGUAUAUAUACUGUCAGAGUAGUUAAAAAUAAUCUUCUCACUGUCAAACUUGUUACACAAUACAAAGUCCUUUCCUAGUUCUAUGUGUUGUACUGCCUUCCCUGCGCAAUGAGUACUACAGCCAUACUGAUGGUCAGUGUGUAGCCUUUUCAUAAUUGCUGGAGGGGGACGAAGGUCGUCUCUCUCCAGGAAAGCUGACCACGUAUGUUCUAGUGCCAUUCCUACCCAGUGUCCAACACCACGACGAGCUGCAGUCUGAGAAAUGUAAGCAUCUGAGAUCUGAUAAAUGUUCCUAAAAGAAAUAAACUGGCUAUUGGGUAAUGAGCUGACCUCACAUCUA